UAUGGGCUAGAUAAGACGGGUUAUAGAUUUGUUUUCUUAAAUUAUUCAAUAUUCUUAUUUGUUUGCUUAUGAGUGUGCAGCAUAAGAAAUGGAAUUUCGUUUAUGAUGACUUUGCUGAAAGUUUUUCGUUCUGCAAUUCGCUGCUAAACUGGCUGAAGCUCUAAAUGAAAAUGGGAAACUCAAACAUCAUAUCAACUCUCUUUGGAAUUUUGUGAUGGCCAAUGGAGAAUGGCGUUUUCUUAGUGUACCUUGGACAUUUCAGUUAAAUCAUUUAAUAAUAUUGUAAAAAAAUUUAGAAAGACAUUUGUUCAAUUUAUUUUGCUACUUUUUUAGUUAUUGCUACUAGUAUUCUUUUUCAGCUGCUGACUAGUCAUCAUGUCUUCAUCAUCAAUCGCGGUUGUGGAGGGUGAAGAAGGCAGGGAUGAGAUGUUGUCUCCGCUGGCCUCUGUCAACUCACAGGGAGGAUCAUCUUUAGAUGAUCUGGAAUCGGAUUUGUCAUCGUACCAAACAUUAGAGGACUGUUCCCCUGGCUCCAUCAUCUUCUCUCCUCAAGACUUGCGACCAAGCGGUCCCAAGAAAGACUCGGGUGGAGCCACCUACAGACUGCCCUUCAGGCAUCCCACUGCUGCCAAUUUGGCGAAGAAUAUUGCCUUAUCUGCUGCUCAGAAGAGUGCAGAUGAUGUUGCCGAAAAAGUAGACAUGGAACUUGAGAAUCUCAAACGGAAAGAAGGUCCUAUACCAUGCCAGUUCUGUGGCAAGGUCAUGAUGACUGGCAAAACAUUACUCCAGCAUUUGUCCAUUCACACGGAAUUCAAACCUUUUCAGUGUCCGCAUUGCUCUAAGUCGUUUACUCGUAAAGUGCAGUUGCAAGGUCACUUGGUGGUUCAUGGCAUUGAGAAGCAGUUUGAAUGUCCUGUGUGUCAUCAACGUUUUAGUAGAAGAGACUGCGUCAAAGUGCACAUGAGAAUUCACGACAAGACAAAAUGUGCUUUCUGUGAAGUGUGCCACAAAUCUUUUCUGACAAUUGGUGCACUAAAUAUCCACAUGCGCAUACAUCGCGGUGAAAAACCCUUCAAGUGUCAUCUAUGUGGAAAAUGUUUCACUCAGAAGAACCAUUUGAUAACUCACAUCAGACGGCACACUAAUGUGCAGGAAGUGCCAUUCAGCAAGAAGUUGGGUCCUCGAAUGUUCAAGUGUGAGCAUUGCACUCGAUCUUUUAUUCGCUUGAGUGACUACGAGCGACACGUGCAGUGGAACCACGGUGCUGUAGCGGACGUGAACAGCUUCACCAGCGAGAACAAAGUGGCCUCGAAUACUACAGAAGAUUUAAGGGCCGUUAGAGCCCCUAGAGACGUGAUGCGAGAACGCAGUCGAAGGUAUGGCAAGCGCCGAGAACUUGUCACCAUGUGCACUUCUGCAACACAAACCGAUGACAGUCCUGGUCAUAUCAUCAUUCCUAGGCAGUACAGGCAGCAAUAUGAACAAGAGAUUAAACAGAAAAUGGAGGCUGCAGCUAUUGGUGACACUGAUCCGUCUGAGACACCUCGUCACAUGGAUGAGGAUACUUACGAUGCAUACGAUGAUGGAAUGGAUCGUAAUUACAGUUCUGAUGACGACGAAGAUGAACUGGACACAACCGAUCAGUCUGUCUCUCAAGGUUCUGGUCAGGAGCAGCCUGUCUUCAGUAUUGACACGUCAAUCACCACGACCAACCCACGAGACUCGGCUCGUGAUGCCGCGUUUGAUGCCAUAAUUAAGGGAUCCAACCCCGAAACUCUAAAGACAGUGAAGAUGGACAUGAGUGUAGAAGGACGAACACAAAUUCCAGAUUCGCUUGAAGCUGAUCAGCCAGCUGAACGUGUGUUCAUAAUACAGAAUGAGAAAGAUUCCUUCGAACCCACUGUGACAACUGGUGAUGAUGAGAUACGUAACGGAUCUCCUGCAAACAGUGUGGACGUCUCGUGCAUAUCUGAAACAACUAUAAGUAAAUCAAAUUCUGCAAAAUCCUUCGUUAGGGAUUCAAAUCCUGGACCUAAAAUUCUCUCUUUCUUUUCCAAAAGCAAUCCUAAGCCAAAGCCUGUACAGAUGCAGCCGGCCCAAAAAGCUACUACUGACCUCAAUAGUCAUGUUGACAGUGAUAACUUCAAAGAACUCGUCAACAGUUCUUAUCAAAGAAUGCAGAAGUCUCCUCCACCAAGUGCUCUUGUUUCUGAUCAGCUGAAGCUGACUACCAACGUAUACCAGCCAAGAGCGAAGCGAGGAAGGCCCAAACUCAAGAAGAUGGGAGUCAAGGGUGCAGCGCAGCUGCGUCUUAUAAGGAAGACGAUGAUGAACUUCAUUUCGGAUGUUGAAGAAAACAAAGCAAAUUAUCGGAAAGAAGCUGAAGAAGCCUCGGAAGAAUCACUCGCCCCAGAAACUGAAGAGGAAGAUAAUUCUGAGAAUGUUGAGUCGAGGUCUGCAUUGCAGGAACAAAUUCUUAUGGACGUCUCUGAAUCUGAAGACAAUUCGAGAAGAACUUCAAGGCGACGAACGCAAAUCAAGCAUGGAAAAGACUUUUUGUGCACCAGUAAGUCUUGCAAUUUGUGUAUUCCUUCUAGUAAGGAUAGAAAAACUGGAGAAUCUGUGGAAAAUACACCUGUUGUUUCAGUGAAGUCUGACACGGUUGUCACAAAAGUUCCGAAAAAAGAACCAAAUUUAUCUGAAUUAGCUAAGGAAGGAUCUAAGAAAGUUAGCGAGAUUGUUAAUCUUUUGAGUUACGGUGUCAAAUCCCUUGACGAACUGGCGGUUAAUUCUUCAUCUGAUUUUUCAAAUUAUUUGUACGUUACAAACACCAGCAGUUCAUCGGCAAAUAACGUGUCUAAUUCAGAUCAUGGGUCCUUCAGCGGUUCUGCUGAUUUGUUGUCCAUUGAUGCCGAAGAAAGUUUCCUUGCCAAAACGUCAGUGGGAGAGACAAUCGUUUCCCCUCCUGUGGAUGUACAGUCUUUCUGUAUCCCUACCUAUUCAUGUAAAUUAUGUGGACGUGAGUUCCGGUUCGAGGGCAAGCUGCACCGACAUAUUGAGUCAGUUCACCAGAAAAAGGCCAUUUUUACAGCUGACGUCAAGCCUGGCAGAGGGCCUCGCUAUCCUCUACAAAUAAGCGAAAAUCAGAGCAUGGACUUGGAAAUGGAACAACCUGGAAUAUCUGCCAAUCAGAUGAUCCUCUCUGGCUUCAGUGAUGUCGUUGAGGAAGUUCACUGGCCCAAUGCAGAUGAUGGGGAGGAAUUCAGACAGCCUGCCGAUGAAAGUAAUGCUUCCAAAAAUCCGGAAAUCGAAGCCCUAAGAUCUGAGUGGGACGACGAUGAUGACAACGAAGAAUAUUCCCCUGAUGUUAGGCCAACUGUUACAAAACCACAGCCUAUUUUCCAAAGCACGCGGACAUCGGCAGAAAACCGGCAACGCAUGCAAUCGGCUACUCCAGUGGCAAUCAAGGCACCUGAGUAUCUGCAUAUAGUAACUCGUGCCAUUCAACCCAUGGUCACUACAGUGACCGACACUUACUCUGGUGGAGUGGUUGUGAACAUGAACAAGCUUACUGGACUGGUACCAAAGUCUGAAAUCGAGAUCAAGCGCUCUGCUGUGGCUUAUAAGAGAGCUGAAGAGCCGCAACCGAGUUCCUCGGUCGCUAAUGCUGUUGUCACGAACUCUAACAAACUGGAAGACAAAAGUUUGGAUUCACGAUGCCAGAGGCUUCUGCUCAAACUUUUUUCCCGCUCGUUGCUUGCGAAAUGUGGGUUGGGCGAGGACCAUGUCUCAGUUGUCCUGGGCCGCAUUUUACAGCAUUAUGGCGUAAAAAUGAUCGAAGAUUACGGCCAAGGUCAAUACGAAGUCUUGAAAUACAACUUGUGGCGUCUAAUGGAAUGGAAAGUUACUAUUGAGCAGAUGGAAGACUUUUAUCGCGAGAAUAAAACUGUUGAAGAGAUGAUGGAAGACAUCAUGAAUGAACGUGUGCCUUUAGUGCCUCAUGAAGUCAUCACUCAAGCUAGAGCUCAAGAAGCGGCUCAACAAAGACAACAACAACACCUUGUGGAAGAGAUGGUAGUUCAGCACGUUGACGGAGAGCACGUGGUGGUUGAGCAGCAAGUUGAAGGUGAACAUGUGGUGAUGCAGGGUAACGAACAAAUAAUUGUCGACCACAGCGGCGGGCAACACAUCGUGGUGCACAGCAUGCACGACCCGAGCAUUGCAGGACAGCAGCAGCUUAUGAUGCAGACUGUCACAAGCGGAGGUGUGCGGCAACAACAACCAAUUGUUAUUCAGCAAGACGGCAGCGGCCAACAACUAAGCCAGGAGACGGCAAUGCUUGUACAACAGGUUAUCGGAGGCCAUCACCAGUUGACACAAGUUGUACUAGCCCACGACGUGUCACCAGAGAUGCUGCAAGGCGCACAUAUCGUCACUAUUGACCCGACAACAGGACAAGUAUUGUCGCAGGUAACGGCUGAACAAGUCGUCCUGGCUACCCAUGACGGGUCCAUCGUUAGUAGCAACGCAGGCACGGUGAGCAACGCUAUUGUCACCGGGCAAGACGGGCAUGGCCAAGAGUCUAUUAUCGGUAGUCAGGAGCCUGUGAUGAUGUUACAGCAACAGCAUCAGUACGUGUCAGCUGCCUCGAACGUUUCGUCAUCGCAGAUGCAAUGAUAUUAAUCCGACACAUCCGUUAUGAUGUAAAUGGAAUUACAUUCGUCACGGAAUAAUCUAAUGCUUCCUCAGACAUAUGAUUAGAGAUGCUUUUAAACAUAACAUCUGCAGUGCAUGCAUCGCUGCAAAUUUCCUCUUAUAUCACCGACAUAUAUUGUGCUAUCACGUUUUUUUUUGGAGCAAUUUGAUAAUCAAUCGCCAUUUGUUAAGUGAUCCAUUGAAUUUAAAUUGUUGUUAAUAACCCAGUAUGCAUAUUGUAUUUCUCCCUGAAUUGUAGUUUUUGUCAAUUCUCCAUUUUUAUUUCUUUUCCUUACUUAAAAUGACAUUUAUAUUUUUACACAUAAUGUUUAAUUUUCCGAAAUCAUAGGAAUUUAAUUCACUCUACCGCAAUGUUUAGUAGCUUAAAAAUUUCAUUAAACGAUCAGUUCUUGAUGAGUUGAAUUGUUUGUAAAUUUUAUUUGCUUGUCGUAUGUAGAAAUGGUAAUAUGAGUUCGUAAUGAUUGAGUAUGGGCAGAAUUGUUUACAAGACACUAUUUUUAAUUUCGCUGCUGCAUUCAGUGAAGUCAUUUUCUGUUGCUCUUUCCAUCUUUUGUUUACAUCUAGUGCCACAGAUCAUUAUUGUUUUUUUCCUUACUUGUUCACUCAUAGCUACUCUCCUGUAUUGAGACUCAUCGACCUAUGGGUUGAUCAUUUUUUGAAGUAAAAUUCGACUAAUGAAAUUCAAAUCUGUUGCCAAUUAAAAUUACAUUUUUUCAUGAAGACCCGAACAUAAUACAGUCCAUGUGAGGCGGUUUCACAUAAUCAGACAAAAAAUUAUUCAAAAUGAACCUUAAAUUUCCUCUCCGUUUUUAUUACUGAAUUAAGUAUGCGUGAUAACGGGGAAUAAUUUACGUUAAUUACCAGUUUGAUUCUUAUCUAAAAUGUUGCAUUGAGUAGCUAUGAGUAGACGGUUUGCGACAUGUGUUGAGUAGGCUUUGUACGAAAUGGAAUAUCGGAUCUACUUGUUCAUGAUCAGAAAACCUGCUUAUUCAAUAGAAUUCAUUUGGCACUUUCACGACAAUGAAGCUGAUCUUUUAUUUUGUGUAGGGAUUUCUACCAAAGGGUAAGUAUAGGAUGUACAUUUGUAUUAUAAAUAUAGCCGCUCAUGACUGUUCUUUGAAUAAUUUUUGCACCAAUUUCAUAUGAAUUUUUCUUCAGUUCGAAUUCUUUGAUGCAAGUUAAGAAUAUACAUUUUAUGUUAAGAGUUCACUGUUAACAUCAAUCUGGGUUAGGCUAUCUACUUGAAUGAACAGUAACUGUCGGAUAUUUGUGAUGAGUUGUGUGUAUGGAAUCUAGUUGUUUAGUACAUGUUUCCGUUCAGAGGUGAUCUGGAUAUGAGGCGCUGAUACCGGAAUGAAAUGUACAUACAGGCGCU